AUGCCGAGGAUUGUCUCACUUGGCCACUUUAAUAUCGCCAAGGAAAUCCUCGCUGAUCAGAGUUCAGUGUCGAGGCUGGGCGAGGGACGAUUGGAGGGACGACGAUUCCAACAGUCCUCCAGGACCCCCAUGGAACAUAUUUAUGGAGCCAACACAUCAUCUGAUCGUUACUAUGGGGGUUCCGGGGCUGCUGGCGUGGGCUCAUCCUCCGGCGCUCCACCUCCCCCACCGCCGCACCAAUUCGCGCCCAGCUCCUCGAAUGUUGUAGGCCCCGCCCCAUCAAGUGGUCGACAGGCGAUGCUGGAUCGAAGGAAUCCGUUGAUUAGACAACACCGCUCGAUGGACAUCGAGGGAGUGAUUUCCGAUCACCAUCAACAGCACCAACAACAGCAUCGACUAGACGACUUUCAACCGCUCUCCGUUGCCACAUCUGGUUAUUCUCGUGAUGGUCCCUCAUCAUACAUGAGAAGCUCGGGUCCUCUCUCUAAUCCAACAGCCUCUGGGCAAAGAUAUUGGAAUGAUACAGCUUUAAGAUAUGAUGGAGAUCAACUCGGCGGUGGGCUGAGCCUUCAACAAGAGUUCGCUCAAUUGAAAUCCGAUUACGCGACGAAUCUUGAGAAGUUGAAUCAAACGAUGAACAGUAUACGACAAUUUUGGAGUCCCGAGUUGAAAAGGGAGAGACAGAUGAGAAGAGAAGAAGCCACACGGAUCGCACAAUUGGAGCGAAUGUUGGCGGCGGCGGGUGGAAGUGCGGCGAGUGUUGUUGGAGGAAAUGCGGCACUGCAAAUGGAAAUCGCAGCCAGAGACGAAAGAAUCCGGCAACUCACCGCAAUGCUGGACGAACAAGGACCAUCAGGGAUGCUGAGUGCCGUUAAUGAAAUUCGAUACAGAGAAUUAGAGCAAACGGUCGAACAUCUACAAGAAAUGGUGAAACAAGCGCAUUCCGGGGAUCAAAGCGGACGAUUUGCAUUAGAAACAGCGUUGAGGAGAUUAGACGAAAAGAAUGAGAGAAUAGCAAGGAUGGAGGAAGAGUUGACACAUUUUCGGGCAAUUCGCUCACAACAACCGAGAGAUUUCACUGAUAAAACGGUCAGCAAUCACGAUUUGGUGACGAUGAGGAUGAAGAUGGAAAGGAGUGAGAUCGAAUUGAGCGAGAGGAAACAAGAGUUGGCGUCGUGCCAGGUCCGACUUCAUGACUUUGAGGAUGAGAAUAUGGAGCUAAAAUCGCAUCUUCAAGCUUUCCGAGAUAACUCGAAUGUGAAAGAACAUACGAACACGAUUCUGCAAGGAGAUGUGGAAGCACUCCGAAAGAAAUUGGAAGCAAAACAUCAAAUGGUCGAGCAAAGAGACGGACAAAUUCUGAGAUUAGAGAAAGAUUUGAGAGAUUGUCGGAAUGAGGGAGCUGAUCGAUUGGAGAAUGUUCGUCAAACUGAGCUCCGAAUGACGCAAGUAGUCGGCCGACUAGACGGCUUGGAAAACACGUUGAGAGAUAAAGACAAUGAAAUCGAUCGAAUGAAACAGCGGCUAAUGUCUCAUCCGGAUGUGAUCAAAGAAAAGGAGCUGAUGGGACGAAUUGAAAAAUUGAUGGAAGAGAAGAGACAAUUAGAAGCAUUGGUGGAUGACUUGAGAAGGACGGGAGAUAAGGAAAGACAGCAACAGCUGGAAACCUAUCAAACCGAGGCCAAUCAACUCAAGGCGAACAUCGAGAAUCUCCAAAAAGAAUUGGCGGAUAGGGACAUCUUGUUGGAAUCGCAAAAUGAAAAGAUUGGAGACCUUGGGAAAGAAGUGCAAGCAGCUAAAGACAGACUGACAGCAGCAAUGGUUGACAAGGGAGCCGAUGAGUUGAGGAAAGAUCUUGAACAAGCCCGGUCCGAGAUCGACAAAUUGCUGAAAAUGGUUCGAGCGCUCGAGAGGGAAAAGGAUCAAAUCAUUUCCCAGUACAAACAAUUGAGAGGAUCCGUUAAUCGAGAAGCUAGAGGAGAACCGAUGACUCCUGAAGGAGCACUGAAAAUCGAUGGACGAACGGGGUUAGUUGCAGCGAAUCCGAUUCAACAGCACAGCCAACAACAAAAGAGAAUCGAAGAGCUAGAGGAAGCUUUAAGAGAAUCGGUUUCGAUCACCGCUGAACGAGAAGUUCACCUCGCUCAACAAAAGCAUUUGAUGGGUCAAGUCUCCCAACAAUUCACUGAAUCAAAACGGGAGAUUCAAGAGUUGAAGAGGAGAAUGGCUGAGACGGGAGGACCGGACAGGGAAGCCACGAUGAGAGCGAUUGAUGCGGAAAGGAGGCAACACGUUGAACAGCUGCUACAGCUUAAACAAGAAACCCUCUUGGCUGCAAUCCAAGAGAAAGAUGCGCAUUUGGCUUUAUUGGAGAAGGGAAGAGCUCCGCGAGAAGAGAUUGAGACAGUGAGGAGACAUCGAGAUGCACUCAUUGCUCAAUUGAAACAAGAAAACGAGCGUCGAACGUUGAUGAUGUGCGCUGAUCAGGGCACCGUCAACAAUCUCGCCAAACAGAUUGUGGCACAAGGGAGUCAAGGUCCAAUCAUUGGAAUGGGUGCUCCAAUUCUUCCCCUUUCUUCUUCAUCUCAUCCAAUUCACGUCCAACAAUACAAUGCUCCGAUUGGAAUGCUUGGACCGCCGAGUAAACCGCCGAGCCGAGCUGCAGGCGAUCUCAUGGCCACUUCAGCCGAAAUGGACGAUUCCGAAGGGAUUUGGGCU